GGGCUUAUUGUUUGAGCUUCAAUCGAACUUCCAUGGACGACAUGGCUGCCUACUACUCACAGCCCCCACCGUCGGGCCUUCUUACUUAUCAGUAUUAUCAACACCCUCCUCCGCCGCCGCAGGCUCAGCCGCCUCUCAUGGCAGUGGUGCCACCGCCUCCUGGCGCGGUUCUCCCGCCGGCGCACCACCUGCAUCCGCAGUAUAUCCAUCACCAUCAGCAACAACCCGUGUUUGGUUCUUACGGUCCUCCUCAUUCCUCUGGCAACGAGGUUCGCACCCUCUUCGUCGCUGGGCUUCCCGAAGAUGUAAAGCCCCGCGAAAUCUACAAUCUCUUCCGAGAGUUUCCCGGUUACGAGUCAUCGCAUCUUCGUAGCCAAACCAAUUCGUCGCAGCCGUUUGCUUUUGCUGUGUUCGUGAGUCAGCAAUCCGCAAUAAUUGCAAUGCAUGCUCUGAAUGGGAUGGUCUUUGAUCUUGAAAAGGGGUCAACACUUUAUAUUGAUCUGGCAAAAUCCAACUCUAGAGCUAAGCGCACAAGGAUAGAUGAUGAGAGAGCUGGCUCAGAUAAAAAAGCAAGAGGCUCUGCACCUUCAUGGGCCUCUCCUGAUUCUGGUGUUAGCAGCAUUCACAUGCCUGGAAUGGGUAAUCCUGCUUUCAACACGAACACGAUUGGUUAUUCAUCUGCACAAAGUCGUGGGAAUGCUGAUGGGAACGCUGUGAAUGACAGUCUAUUUGCAAAUCUGCCAAAGUGUUCAACUCCUUACAUUCCACAAAAUCCGAUUCCGUGUGCAACUUUAUUUGUAGCUAAUCUGGGGCCAUCUUGUAAUGAACAAGAGCUAGUGCAUGUUUUUUCUAGAUACCCUGGAUUUUUAAAACUGAAGGUGCAGAGCACAUAUGGGGCUCCAGUUGCAUUUGUUGAUUUCCAGGAUGUUGCUAGCUCAACUGACGCUCUGAACAGUCUGCAAGGCACCAUUCUCCACUCCUCAUCAGCUGGUGAGGGAAUCCGUUUAGAAUAUGCUAAAUCGCGGAUGGGUAUGCGGAAGAAGCCGAAGUAACUUGCAUGGUGGAAAAUAUAUAAUAAUAAAGAGAAAAAACAAUGGGAAAAUCAUUCCUGACUCUUGAGAUUCACUUGCCUUUGGCUGUGCUAUGAACUGUUGUUUGCGGAUACAACAGAAUGGAAGCUGGGUUGAAUACUAUUACUGUCGCAAAAUCUAGAAAAAUUAAUUUUCAGUAUUUAAGAAUACAUAAUAGGACUGGAGUUUAAUGCUUUUGUAUUUCUCCAAGUAUAUAACAGUUGCACAUUGGUAUAGUUCUCCUGUAUUUCGACUAAAAUUUUUGUAUGAAAGUUACCUUUUCAA